UCUUACUUUGCUAUCUGAUGGGAACUCAAACAGCUUAGUGCUUCAGCUGCUGCUUGCGCACUCUCAGUUUGCACCUACCAUACAUUAUGUUUCCAAAUCAUCUGGUGGUUCUCAGUUUGGUGUGAUCUUUAAGCCUAUGUCCAGCAUUCUAAGAUUACUUGUUGUUCCAUCUACUGAUCAAAGUGCACUUAAUGUGGAAAUGAGUCCACAAAAUACAUAUGAACUGAACAUGAAACGGUUGGAAAUUGUUAAGUUACUUAGGGCACCGUUUCAUUUCACGUCUCAGCAGUGUGGUUUUGAUUUCAAAAAAGACAUCAGUGUGAAUUCUAGAGAAUUGGUUUUCUUGGUUCUGUCUUCUUAUGGUGCAACACUCAGUGAAGUUGACUUGGAAAUAUAUGAUCUCAUGUUUGAAAUUGAGUCUGCUAAUGAAUCAAAUUUUGGAAGCAUUGCUGAGAUGGAUUACCUUUGGGGAGCUGCUGCUAUAAAAGUAAGAAAAGAACGAGAACAGGAGCAGGAUCUGUCAUCUGUUAAUAUGAAUGAUGUUGAAGCAAUUGAAGAACGCCGAAGAAGUCAAUUUAGGGAAAACCUCCCUGUUGACCCCAAAGUGUGUGCAACUACUGUGCUACAUUUUCCUUAUGAUAGAACUGUGAGUGAGGGAACUUCAUUCUUGUCCAAGUAUCGGCAUGAUAAUUCUGAGACACCUUAUGCAAAUGUUGAGAAAAUACGAAUAUAUGAUCCUGUUUUCAUAUUGCACUUCUCAAUUCAUAGUCUGUCAAUGGGUUACAUUGAGCCUAUGGAGUUUGCUAGUUUAGGGUUGCUCGCAAUUGCAUUCGUUAGCAUAUCUUCACCACAUGAUGGGAUGAGGAAAUUAGGUUAUGAGGCUCUUGGAAGAUUCAAGACUGCAUUAGAGAGGUGUCAAAAGAGGGAGGGUUUAGUGCGACUUCGGCUUUUGUUGACGUAUUUGCAAAAUGGUAUAGAAGAUCCUUGGCAGAGGAUUCCUUCUAUCAUUGCUAUGUUUGUUGCAGAGGCUUCUUUCAUAUUACUGGACUCUUCACCUGAUCAUUAUUUAACCAUAAGUAACUUUUUGUUGCGCUCUCCGAGGGUGAAUGUGAAGUGUAUGCCAUUAUUUGAAACUUUUUUUUGGAGCAGCACUGUGAAGUUUAGGACACUCAGACUCUGGAUACUUCGUCUCUUGUAUGCUGGGCUAAAUUCAGAUGAUGAUGCUCAAAUAUAUAUCAAGAACAACAUCCUUGAGAUUCUACUGGCUUUUUAUGCCUCUCCGCUUUCGGAUUAUGAGUCAAAGGAAUUGAUCCUUCAG